AUGAAAGGGGCUUCGCAAUCCAUGUCCCGGGCUGCUUCAGCGGCUCAUGGAAGCUUGGGAAACCUGCUCACCCCUUCUCCUCCUCUCGCGUCAGGCUCAUCUGUCGGCCAAAGCUCGGCCAGCGUUCUGCCACCGACAGUCACUAAUGAAACCACCUCCAAGAAUCAGCAGUCGCCAGAUAUCAAUUCUUCUUCACCAAAGGUCUCCGAUUCGGAAUCUUCUUUGCAGGGUCUGCGCGAUUCAGUCCGCUACGAAUCAUCUUCCCCAGCCGCCGCCGCCGAAGCUUACGGUGAACCUCAUACUCGCAUGAGCACCAGCUCCUAUAUCCUGCGGGCACUAGACCUUGGAGACCAGCUAGAUCAGAACGGACUUGCAAUCUCAAAUUCCAAUUACGCUGGUUAUCCACGCCAUCACUACGACCCAGAUAAUGACGAAGUUGAGUCCGAGGACGGCGAAGUGACUUCCCAAGAUGGAGUGGAGUUUGAGGAGAGCGAAGAUCGGGAAGCGGUCGGAGAGUCUGAUAAGAGAGUCCGUAACUUUCAAACUGAAGACGAGAACAAUGAGGAGGCCGGCGAGGACGAGGAAGCAGAGCUCGGCGAUGAGCUUGGUGCCCUCAACCAAGAUGAGGACGAGAACGAUGAGGAGCUGUCGUCACAGUUAGCCCUUGACCUCAGUCGUCUUGGCUGCAGCGAAAAGUGUCGAUCGGAAAUCCGACAAGGUUUUGACACUUACAAUCAACAAAUCGAGAGACUCGAACGCAAGAUCCAUGAGCUCAGUCUAGAAAAUCACAAGCUGAGAGCGGAUGUCGACAGGAUGCAGAAGAAGCGAAACAAUGAAAAAAAAACCGAGCCAACAUGGCACAAGAGGCUUCGUUUAUAUCUCACUAACCCCAAUCACUGCCAGGCACUGAGUUACGUUGAUAUCUACAAGCUUUGCUGCAAGGAGGAGAACAUGAGUACGAAGACUGGCAAUGUCCAUCCUAAUUUGCGAUUCAGGGGACCAACAAGCAAAGAACUUGAGGUUGAAGUAUCUGAAGGCCGCGACGAAAAUGCGGUCGAUCAGAACGGGUUUGAAGAGAGCCGCAAAGGCCCUGAGGCACUGUUCGUCCAGGACGAUGAGCCACCCAAGGAUGCCCGAAGGGCAGAGGAUAAUCAUACAGAGGCGAAUGUUUUCCUCAAGAAUUUUCCCUUUGACCGGUUGCCCACCAAAGUCCAAGCUAACAUCAUCAAGUUCGUCUUCGUCGAAGAAGGCAAACUCAUCCACUGCAUCACCCGCCUCGAUCCAUUCAUGCCUCCAGAGCAGCCCACACAGACUGACAGGCACCGAAGUGGUCUACCUCAUCGCUUUCACCUUUCCGGAAAAUCUUGCAACAUCACCUACAGCAUGAAACCGAACAAUUACCUCGCCUUGCUGACCGUCUGCAAGCGAUGGCACUACCUUGGAAUCUACGCCUUCUACGGUCUGAAUACCUUCGCUUUCUCGAGCCUGGGAGAAUUUGGUCGGUUCUGCACCGGCAUCGGAGAGGCAAGGAGAGAGAGGAUUCAACAUGUGGAGUUGCUGUGGCUGGGCAAUCAGUAUCUCACCCAUAGACCUGUCAAGGAAGGCAAAAAGGGUGGACUUAGAUGGGUCUCCAAAAGAACGUGGGAUGUGUCGUGGCUCUGCCAGAUGCCUCGUCUGAAGACUCUGAUUAUACACGUGGACGAGAGCGGCUCCCAGUAUUCGAGUCGUCGUCAUGAGCCCAAAGCACAUGUCGACUGGAUGGCGUCUGUCACCGCUGGUCAGCCCAACUUCCGCAUGACAAGGUCGCUUCGGGGACUCCAGGGACUGCAUUUCCUCCAUGCACUUCGCGGCAUGGAGCUCAUUCAGUUCUACGACUACGGCAUGUCCCACAAGCAUGGUGGCCGUCAUCCCAUCCGCGACUGGUCUUUCUUCAUGGACAUCGAGAACGUAACGGCUAUGCCGAAAACAGACGACAAGGCAGAAGCCGCAAAGUUAGCCAAUCUAAGCCCAGUUCUUCCAGGUUAUGAGGCGUCACAAGAGGAGAUUGAGGCAAUCAAGGGCAUCUAUCACAAUAGCCAAGCCUUCGACGCUGUGUAUGUGUCGCCGCCCGUUCCUGAGGGAGACGAGCAUGGGGAUAUCGAGAUGGCAAAUGCUGAAACCCCGGUUCUGGUCCAGCAGCAGCACACAGCAGUGGUAUCUCCAGGGAUGUCACGUCCUAACAAUGUAUCGCAUCCCACCAAGGAAAAGAAGAUUGCUCAUGCUAAGACGGCAAUGUACGCUGAGAAGCGAAAUGCUGCACAUCAAGAUGAUAUUAAGUCCGAGGCGUCUAGCGACGUAACCCCGAAGGCAAUUAUCCACUAUACUCGAGCGGACACUGAACUUACCAUUUCCACGGUUACGGAAGAUGGCAUCGCGAACGAUUAUGACGACGAAUUCUCAUUGGCAGGCUCAAAUGCCACUAAUCCCAUCGACUUGGACAGCAUUGAGGCACCAAAGAUGCGAUCACGUCUGUCGCGUCUUCAACAAGACGACCGAUUAGACCGUGGGAAGCGAGAGCAAACCGAUGUUAGAUCAAUUGGCAAUGUAUCGUCGGCUGCGAGCGAAAGAUCCUACGGCAGUAAUGGCGGCCUCUUCGUCGGCUCUUCGCCGGCAAUGUCUCUCUAUCGACCGCGCCCCGAAUCCACCGCCAUGAUGGAUACCUUGCGAAAAAGAGGAUAUGACGAGUCGGACAUCCUGAGCGCCAUCGAUCUGACUGCGGAGAAUGACGAAACCUGCACCAUUAGCACCGGGGUCCCGAGUUCUUCUCUGGCCAGCUCAUCACGCCCGGUUGUCAGCGGGCCCUUUGGCCACUUCAUUCCCAGUCUCACUGAACACCACGCAGCUGGAGAACGUCUUCCUCGACUUGCGCGUCUCAACAGCGCUACUAGCGUGGAUGACUGUCCAUUCAAUAAAAGGCGUAGACUGUAA